AUGCAGUCACACCUUCUGUAUGCUCACCUCCCGUACAGUCACCUCCCCCUACCUCUGCACCUGGACCCGAACCUGGGAAUGCUGGGCAACUACAUCGGCGGGUUCCCCCGCACUCCAUCCUUCAGCCUGCGUCCACCCCGUUCCCCCUCUCCUCACCUCCACCCCAGGCUGGGAAACUACAUCGGCGGGUUCCCCCAUUCAUCCUUUUUCCUUCCCCUCCCCAAAAUCCCUCCGCCCACCCCCAGGCUGGGCAACUACAUCGGCGGGUUCCCCCAGGCGGCGAUGGACCCUCUGCUGGACCUCAUGUUCCUCCCCUCGGGCCUCAACCUCAAUAUAGUGCGAUUCAAUAUAGGCGGCGGCUCCGUCCCUCAAUACAGCCCUCAGCUAUACACUGAUUAUUCCAUGCGCUGGCGAGCCAUGCCGGGGUACUGGCCGGCGCAGGCAGCGGGGUUCAACUGGACGGCGGAUUCGAGGCAGCAGGCGGUGCUGCUGGGAGCCAAGGACCGCGCGGUGAACGUGUUCGAGGCGUUUUCCAACAGCCCGCCCUGGUGGAUGACCGCGAGUAAAGACGUCUCAGGGGCAAAGAAGGCGUGGAGGACAAACCUGCUGCGGAGGUUCGAGGGGAAGUUUGCCAAAUACCUCGUAAAAGUCGUGGAGGGGUUUGCGAAAAUCCCGGCGCUGGGGAACAUUGAAUUCGAUACGCUGGAGCCGUUUAAUGAAGGGCUGGAGGGACAAUGGGUGGCCGGGAUGGAGCAGGAAGGAUGCAACUUUAACCCACCUGAGAUGAGCAGAGUUCUUCUCAAGACUUGGCUGGCUCUGCGGAGAAGGAAGCUCAAGACAAAGCUGGUUGGGGUUGACAGCAACGCGGUUUUAACCAGCAUAGGGUUACCACUGGUCCUUGGGAAUACCUUCCUGCACAGGAUCAACGUGCACGGUUACCCUCUGCUGUUACACAUGUACAUGAACGUGACAACUGGACAGGCUAAGUUGUUGACAACUGCGCGUUACACCCAGAUGAAGCGGCUUGCCAAAUCUCUCCAGAAGGAAGUAUGGGUGUCUGAGUCAGGUCCGUUACUCAGGGAUGGUAGUACCUUCGACCUUUCGCUCUACAUGAUGCGAAACAUCGUUGAAUCAGUCAACAUCCUGGAAGCUUCUGCCUAA